AUGCGGAGCUCAUUGUCUGUUGCUACUUUGGUAGCAGUUGUCUCUACUGUGUCGGGAUCGGUCAGUCCUCUUCGCGAGAGUGACAUUGAACAUCUCCAUGAAGUCAAUCAGGGCCCAUCAGAGUCAGUCUUCUUUCUGGGUUUGUUUCCGACACUGUUGUCCCAGGUGGGCGGUGCUCCAAACUUAAUUGAUACUCUCCUGGGAGCUGGAAAGCCAACAGACACUCCGACUCCCUUGGAAACCUCGAGCGCAGAGCCUCCCAGUCCUCCAGAGACUGUCAGUCCGGUGGAAACGCCAACUCCUGCGCAAACCCCCUCCCCAGCAGAUACAUCUACUCCUGUUGAAAUCCCUGCUGCCUCAGAUGCACCUGACUCUUCACAGGGGCCAACAUCCCCUCAAGCACCCGUUUCGCCGCAAAAACCGAGCUCUUCAAGGACUCCCUCGCGAAGUCCGUCGCACUCUACUCCUGCCGUAUCGAGCUCGAAGCAGAUUCCAGCCGCUGCGCCAGUUUCUUCUACCCCGGCCACGUCCUCUGCGGCAACUGCUCCCACAACUUUGACCUAUACUUUGACUCCGGCCUCGAGCCAAAGUUCGUCAUCGAGUCAGGUUCAGACGUUCACAACUCGACCAAAGCCAGUAUCUAACAGUCCAACUUUCGCCCCGGCCUCCAAGACAUGCGCUCCCAAUUGGCAACCCUCGCGCGGUGUCUUCUGGUUGGACCAGCAAGAUCACAAAGGCCAAGGCGCUGGUCUGGCUCCAUAUAUCUCCGAAGAUAACUCGUAUCCCGUGUACCGAAAUGUGAUGCACUACGAUGUUGCGAAUGAUGGUACGGGCGAUCAGACAGCAAACAUCCAGAAAGCCAUUGAUGACACCGGAGCCGGGGGUAGUCGUAAAGGAAACGGAGUCACCCGGUUCCCGGCAGAGGUCUAUCUUCCCAGCGGAGUCUAUCAACUUGGAAGCACAUUGAAAUUGACUGUCGGAACUAUCAUUGUUGGCAACCCUAACAAUCCACCCGUAAUCAAAGCCUCUCCCAGUUUCCGUGGCCAAUUCCUUGUGCUGGGAUACGACAAGAACAACGGAAACCCCGAAACUAGCUUCAUGAUGGUGAUGAAGAACGUUAUCUUGGACACGACUUCAGUGGAUGCUCAUGUCGCCAUCACUGCCCUCCAAUGGGGAGUGGCUCAAGGAUCUGGGUUGACCAAUGUCGAGGUUCGAAUGCCGACUGGCCCUGGUACGCACACUGGUAUUGAUAUACAUGCCGGUUCAACUAUUGCCGUCACCGACGUGCGCAUUUUUGGCGGUGCCACCGGUAUCAUAAACUCGAACCAACAGGUCAAUUUCAAAAACAUCCACUUUAGCGCGGUCGGCACGGCAUUUUCUGCAGCUGGUGGAUGGACUGUCCUGCUCCAGGGUGCAACUUUUGAGUCCUGCGGUACUGCUGUCAACAUGACCGGCAACGGACUGGGCAGUCUGGUUCUACUAGACUCGACAUCGAUCAACAGUGGAACCGUCAUUCUGUUCCAUGACUCCUCUCGGGAUGACGGCAACCAGAACAGCCAGUUUAUUAUCGAGAAUCUUUUCCACGAUUCUCAGCACCCUAUCGCGGUUGAUAGCAACGGCGCUACUCGCUUGGGACCUGCCCUACACAUUGAUACUUAUAUCUGGGGCUCAAGGGUACCUGGCCAGUAUGAAGCUGGAAAGUCCUUUGUUACUCAACGGUCGGAGAAUUUGUUGGUUGGUGGCAAGUAUUUCACCAAGGCCCAACCUACCUACGGGGAAUAUGGCGGUGAUGAUAUCGUGAACGUCAAGACGGUUUCGGGCCAUGUCGUUAAGGGUGAUGGCCGUACCGAUGAUACCGAGGCCCUGAAUGCCAUCUUGUUGAAGAACGCCGAAGAUUGCAAGAUCACCUAUAUUCCCUUCGGUGUUUACCGCGUUUCCGAUACUCUCUUCGUCCCUGUGGGCACUCGGAUGGUCGGGGAGGCAUGGGCUGUCAUCUCGGGUUAUGGCGAUGCCUUCAAGAAUCCCCGUCAACCUCGCGCGGUGGUCCAGCUCGGUCGUCCUGGGGAUGUUGGUGUUAUUGAAAUUCAGGAUAUGCGUUUUGCAGCUGGUGAAAUUCUCCCCGGUGCGAAGAUUUUGGAGAUCAACGCUGCGGGAGCUCAACCCGGAGAUGUUGGUCUAUGGAACACCAUUGUAACAGUUGGUGGUACUGCCGAAACAACAAUCUCCAACAGCUGUACCUCGCAAGAUCCCAAGGACUGCAUGGCUGCCUUUAUGGUGAUGCACCUGACAAAGAGCUCGUCUGCAUACAUUGAGAACUUCUGGGGAUGGACAGCAGACCACAACCUGGAUAGCGAAUCUCUUUUCACUAUCAUCUCAACCGGUCGUGGCAUUUUGGUCGAAGCGACUCAAGGUACCUGGCUCACUGGUACUGGCUCUGAGCACCACUGGCUCUACAACUACAAUUUCCACAAGGCCGAAAACGUGUACGCCGGCCUCCUUCAAACUGAGUCGCCUUAUAUGCAAGGCUCUGGCGAGUAUGAGAAGGCACCCGCACCUUGGUUUGCCUAUGCUCAAUAUGGAGAUCCAGACUUCUCAUGGUGCUCCACUGACGACGACAAAUGUCGCUCCGCGCUGGCCACUAAUAUUGACGGGGGCUCCAACAUUGCUCUCUACAACUCUGCUGCCUGGGCCUUUUUCGAUGGAUCGUGGAAUGGUCUCUACAAUCAGCCUUGCGAGGGUAAGUGUCAAUCGAAUAUGAUGCGUGUUGUUGGUUCGCCGCAGAAUUUGGUGUGGUACUCGAUCAGCACCCGCAUGACGGACGUCAUGAUCUUGGAUGGAAAGACCAAUCCGACCGAGACGAGCCAUCCUGGUGGGUGGGAGGGGAUUAUCCAGGACUACAGCCAGUUUUCUGCAUAG